AUGGGAGGCAAUAUGACAUCUAUCACAGAGUUCCUGCUACUGGGGUUUCCCUUCGGCCCAAGGAUUCAGAUGCUUCUCUUUGGGCUCUUCUCCUUGUUUUAUACCUUCACCCUGUUGGGUAAUGGGGUUAUCCUAGGGCUCAUCUGCCUGGACUCCAGACUGCACACCCCCAUGUACUUCUUUCUCUCACACCUGGCUGUUGUUGACAUUGCCUAUACCUGCAACACGGUGCCCCAGAUGUUGGUCAAUCUCCUGAAUCCAGCCAAGCCCAUCUCCUUCACAGGCUGCAUGACUCAGACCUUUCUCUUUUUGGCAUUUGCUAUCACUGAGUGUCUUCUCCUAGUGGUGAUGUCCUACGACCGGUAUGCAGCCAUCUGCCAUCCCCUCCGAUACUCUGCAAUUAUGAGCUGGAGAGUCUGCAUCACCCUGGCAGUAACCUCCUGGAGCAUUGGCAUCCUUCUGUCCAUGAUUCACCUAGUGUUACUUCUACCUUUACCCUUCUGUAAGCCCCAGAAAAUUGAUCACUUUUUCUGCGAAAUCAUGGCUGUUCUCAAACUUGCCUGUGCAGAUACCCACGUCAAUGAGAACAUGGUCUUGGCUGGAGCCGUGUCUGUGCUGGUGGGACCCUUCUCCUCAGUCGUAAUCUCAUAUAUAUGCAUCCUCUGUGCCAUCCUUAAGAUCCAUUCAGGGGAAGGUCAAAGAAAGGCCUUCUCCACCUGCUCAUCCCACCUCUGUGUGGUUGGGCUCUUCUAUGGCACAGCCAUUAUCAUGUAUGUUGGACCCCAAUAUGGGAACCCCAAGGAGCAGAAAAAAUACCUCCUACUGUUUCACAGCCUUUUCAAUCCCAUGCUCAACCCCCUGAUCUAUAGUCUAAGGAACACAGACGUGAAGAACACGUUAAAGAGAUUGUUGGGACUAGAAAGAGCUUUAUGA